UGCCAGCUGUGAGGGGAGCGGAGGAAGCAGCACCGGAGUACUAAAAGGGACAAAGAGCAGCAGCUUCACAGCUCAUCCCAAGCUGCUAGAAGUUUGGAAACUUCGGAGUGUUGGAGAGGAUCCUGCUGUCUGUCUGUCAAAGUCGUCUUUUCCUCCUUCACUCGGCAUCAUGUUGAGUCCUGUAUCUGUCCAUGGUCUCUUGACCACACUGCUGUGGAUGUGGGUGCUGUGUAAUGCCCAGUCAGACUCCGGCAGUCCUGUAAUCCAGCUACGUCUCGCGGGUGAGAAGCGGAAACACUACGAGGGCCGAGUGGAGGUUUUCUACAAUGGAGAGUGGGGGACGGUCUGCGAUGAUGACUUCUCCAUCUACGCUGCCCAAGUGGUGUGCAGAGAGCUGGGCUACAUGGAUGCCGAGUCCUGGGCGCCAUCCAGCAAGUAUGGAAGAGGAGAAGGUCGAAUCUGGCUGGACAAUGUGCACUGUACUGGUGCAGAGAAGAGUCUGGCUCAGUGUGAGUCCAAUGGCUUUGGAGUGUCUGACUGCAAACAUUCAGAAGAUGUUGGGGUGGUUUGCACCCAGAAGCGCAUUCCAGGAUUCAGAUUCAUCAAGAACCACGCCGGCAGUGAUGAGGGUAUGACGGUGCAGGUGGAGGAUGUGAGGAUCAGGGCCACGUACUCUCACAGGAAAAGGAUUCCCAUCACUGAGGGCUUUCUGGAGGUGAAAGAUGGAGGCAAAUGGAGACAGAUCUGCAACGAGGAGUGGACGGAGAUGAACAGCAGGGUUAUAUGUGGCAUGUAUGGCUUCCCUGGGGAGAAACGCUUCAAUACCCGACCUUACAAACUGCUGGCCAAGCGGCGUAAGAAGAACUACUGGGGUUUCUCUGUCAACUGCACUGGGAACGAGGCCGACCUUUCUGAUUGUAAACUGGGCCACGAGAUAGAGCUGAAGGGCAACGACACCUGUGAGCAGGGUAUGCCGGUAGUGAUCAGCUGUGUGCCAGGACGGGCCUUUGCUCCGAGCGUCAGCAUGGGUUUCAGGAAAGCCUACAGGGUGGAGCAACCCUUGGUGCGUCUAAAGGGUGGAGCUAUGAUCGGUGAAGGCCGAGUGGAGGUGCUAAAGAACGGAGAGUGGGGAACAGUGUGUGACGACAACUGGAACAUUCAAGCUGCCACCGUGGUGUGUCGAGAGCUGGGGUUCGGCAGCGCUAAAGAGGCUCUGACUGGCGCCCGAAUGGGGCAAGGAAUCGGGCCGGUCCACAUGAACGAGGUGAUAUGUUCGGGCUUUGAGAAGUCGCUGACUGAUUGCUACUUUAACCGUGACGCUCUGGGCUGCAGCCAUGAGGAAGACGCAGCAGUCAGGUGUAAUGUUCCUGCCAUGGGCUUCCACAAAAGACUCCGGUUAAAUGGCGGUCGUAACCCCUAUGAGGGCCGAGUGGAGGUCCUGGCAGAGAGGAACGGCUCUCUGGUGUGGGGGACGGUGUGUAGUGACAGCUGGGGGACCAUGGAGGCCAUGGUGGUGUGCAGACAGCUGGGACUAGGCUUUGCCAGCCACGCUUUCCAGGAAACAUGGUACUGGCAAGGAGAUGCGUCAGCUGAUGCUGUGGUCAUGAGUGGGGUGAGAUGUUCGGGAACCGAGCUGACUCUGGAUCAGUGUCUGCAUCACGGAAAACACGUUCUGUGUCCAAAAGGAGGCGGACGCUUUGCUGCUGGAGUCUCUUGUACUCAGACGGCCCCAGACCUGGUCCUGAGCUCUCAGGUUGUGGAGCAGACCACCUACCUGGAGGACAGACCCAUGUACGCCCUGCAGUGUGCCCAGGAGGAGCACUGUCUGUCCAGCAGCGCUGACAAAGCUGACCCUACUUCCUACCGCCGCCUUCUCCGCUUCUCCUCUCAGAUUCACAACAACGGCCAGUCAGACUUCAGACCGCGGGCGGCACAUCACUCCUGGAUCUGGCAUGAAUGUCACAGGCACUACCACAGUAUGGAAGUUUUCACCCACUAUGACUUGAUGAGUCUGAACGGCACUAAAGUUGCAGAGGGACACAAAGCCAGCUUCUGUCUGGAGGACACACAUUGUGAUGAAGGUAUCCAGAAGAGGUACGAAUGUGCAAAUUUUGGUGCACAGGGCAUCACAGUCGGCUGCUGGGAUACCUACAGGCACGACAUCGACUGUCAGUGGAUCGACAUCACUGACGUGAAGCCCGGCGACUACAUCUUCCAGAUUGUGAUAAAUCCAAACUAUGAGGUUGCAGAAUCAGAUUAUACCAACAACAUUAUGAGGUGUCGCUCCCGGUACGACGGACAUCGGAUAUGGACAUACAACUGUCAUAUAGGUGGCACACUGAGUUCAGACACAGAGGAAACAUUUCCAGGAUUGCUGACCAACCAGCUUUCACACAGGUAGACCUACAAUGGACAGCACACAGUCGGCAUUGGAGAAGCAUAUGCUAAUAUUUGACAACCACUAGAAGAGGCUGUGCGGUUUUGCUUCCUGAAGCAGCGUGUGAUUGCUGGGCUCAGCUGGUAUGAUAGAUUACGACUCAAUGGAAAAAUGAAUUGCUUGCUUGCUUGCUAAAUCCAUUAACCACAUUCAGCUGUAAACAAGUGUUUCUAUCUUUUAGUGUCUCUUGCCUUUCCUGUCAGUACAAUGUAGGUUUGUCAUGGUGCUGCUUAUUGGGAGAAAUGCCACACAAAUGGCAGCUUAAUAAUUUAUUAAACUGUGCAAACAGUUGCCUUCCAAACCAAAGUUUUAAGUGUUUGGGAAACGCCUCGAACAAAAACUCAUUAGAUGAGUCCAAGGCCUUUAUGUCACGCUUGCUUUGAAUGGAUGAAUGUUGUCUUCUGUUAAAUCUGGUGCUAACUAGUCAGAAUUUUGCACUGUGUGUUUUUCAGCAAAUUGUUGAAUUGAAAGGCAGGUGUUCAAAUUACAUUUGCUCCCACAGUAUUAAUAGUUAAAGCUAUUUACUCAAAACUGAAAACAAAUACUGUGCAUGACUGUAACAAUCACUGCAGAGCAACGUGCCACAAACUAUGGCAACAACACAACUGACAAGACAAAUAACCUCUGUUCUCAGAGGGUCUGUAUUUAACUCCCCAAAA